AUGAGGAUUUGCGAGCAGAUCUUCCAGGACGCGGAGGAAGGAGAGGAUAUCCAUCACACCCGAGACCUGCACGGACAGCUCAGGGGGAAGUAUUUCCGAGGGAAGAAGCUGAACGGGGAACACGAGAUCCGCGUGGAACAGGCCGAGUUUUCGGAGAUCAACUUGGCCUCCUACGUGAACACGGGCUGUACGGUUGACAUGCAGGUCACCCGAGGAGGCUCCAAAGUAGUCAGGUCCUUCAAGCCGGACUUUGUCCUGAUCCGGCAGCACGCCUAUAGCAUGACGCCAGGCGAGGACUUCAGGAGCCUCGUCAUUGGUUUGCACUUCGGAGGAGUGCCGAGCAUCAACUCUCUCUUCUCCAUCUACAACUUCUGCAGCAAACCCUGGGUGUUUUCUCACAUGAUUAAACUCUACCAUUCCCUCGGUCCGGAGAAAUUCCCCCUGAACGAGCAAAACUUCUACCCCAACCACGCGCAGAUGAUCACAACGCCGUCCUUCCCUGUGGUGGUGAAGAUGGGCCACGCCCACGCCGGCAUGGGAAAGAUCAAGGUAGAGACUCAACAGGAUUUCCAGGACAUCACCAGCGUGGUGGCUCUGGCCGGGACGUAUGCCACAUCUGAGCCUUACGUCGAAUCCAAAUACGACAUCCGCAUCCAGAAGAUUGGCACCAACUACAAGGCCUACAUGAGGACAUCCAUCUCUGGGAACUGGAAAGCCAACACGGGCUCCGCCAUGCUGGAGCAAAUCGCCAUGACUGACAGAUACCGUCUGUGGGUAGACUCCUGCGCCAAGAUGUUUGGAGGCCUUGACAUCUGUGCCGUGAAGGCGGUCCAUGGAAAAGAUGGCAACGACUACAUCAUCGAGGUGAUGGACAGUUCCAUGCCUCUGAUUGGUGAGCAUGUGGAGGAAGACAGGCAGCUGAUCACAGAUCUGGUCAUCGGUAAGAUGACCUCCGUGCUGCUGGGGGUCAACGCACCACAGCCUUCAUCCAUUAAGAUCACCCAGCCGAGACGGGCUCAAGGCGGGCAUCGCUCAGCAUCCGCCUCGCCAUCUCAGUCUGCUCAGGGUUCGCCUCAGAGAGCUCGCUCAGCGACCACCUCACCUAGCCAGGCCUUCCAGCCCGGCCCCAUCCCCGCCGCCUCCGGCCCCGCCUCCCAGAAACAGUCGCCACAGCUCAACAAAUCUCAGUCACUGACCAACACCUUCACGGAGACAUUGCGGGGGAACCUGACGGAUGACGAGGCCAAGGCGGAGACCAUCCGUAGCCUCCGCCAGUCCUUCGCCAGCCUCUUCUCCGACUAA